AUGCCGACUAGAGUGCCCGAGAAACCUGGGACCGGCCUGUGUGUGGAAUGUGCCGAGCGGGAGGCCACAUUAGACAUCAGAAACCGGCGGUUAUGCGCAACAUGUUUCAGCCGCUACGUCAACUCAAAAGUGCUCAAGCGCAUGGAAUCCUAUCGGUUCAAAGCCCGUUCGGAAGAUGAGAAAGAUCGGUUACUGCUACCGAUUUCCGGGGGAGUAUCUUCUCUUGUACUGUUACAGGUGCUGGACACCCAGCUGCAGAAGCAACUUGCAAAGCGGAAUCGAACGGCGUACGACCUUGUCAUCGUCCGUGUUAUCCUCCCAGAAGACGAGGGCUCCACCAGCCUAGAUCAGUCUUAUGAAGAACUCAAACAGAGGUUCCCCACGCACAUUUUUCUCCCACCGCUCAAGUUGCAGGAAGUUUUUGGAACAGAUGGUCGGAUCGAGCGGGACUUGGAACAUCUCGGCAUCAAGCGGGAGGCCGAAGAGUCGAACCAGACCUUCCUGCAGCGAAUCACUAGCCUGGCGACAUCUGUAACAGCCCGCGCAGACUUGCAGUCGAUACUGCUUCAACGACUGAUUGUGUCAGUGGCGCAACAGGAAACUUGUGCAGGUAUUGUCUGGGGACAUUCCGACAGUCGGCUGGCCGCGCUGGUACUCGCGGAUGUUGCCAAAGGUCGCGGCGGGUCGGUGUCCUCAACCAUCGCCGACGGCCCUUCGGUAUACGGGAUUACGUUCAUCUAUCCGAUGCGUGACUUGUUCAAGACCGAACUUGAAGCUUAUGCCCGCGAAGCCUCCGAGCCGUUGCUGGCGAAGACAGCCGAGCUUGAUGGGACACCAUCACCGCAACCUUCGACAGUCCGGCACACGUCCAUUGACAGCCUUCUGAAAACCUAUAUCGACUCGCAGGGAGAAAAGUAUCCUGGAAUCAUGGCCAAUGUCGUACGCACAGCAAGCAAGCUCCAGGGAAGGCAGGCGUCCGCUAUCGAGGGUGCGUGCCCUGUUUGCGUCAAGCCUAUUGUGCGAAGCGAAGGACUUGCCAUCUCAGACUCGAUUCUCUGCUACGGAUGUGACAGAAUGAAGCUUGAUAUUAGGUCGUGA